GUAAUAUCGGAGGCAGCAGGGGGGAAGGAGAAGUGUCCAGAGAGGAGAGCCGAGCAUCCACCGCGGGAAGCCCUGAUCACGUGACCACCCUGUCUGCUGCUGGCUGACUGACUGAAGCGUGUUAGCAGAUUUUUUAAUUUUGUACAUACAGAGUUUUGUAUAUACUGUAUAAGAUGAGCUCGCUGGGCGGCGAGAAGGCCCGCGGCCCCCGUGAAAAAGUGCCGCCUGCUGCCACUCACACAUCCCAACCACAAAAACAGAUACAGGCUACUGCUGAACAAAUCCGGCUUGCACAGAUGAUCUAUGACAAGAAUGAUGCUGACUUUGAAGACAAAGUGAAUCAGCUAAUGGAGGUGACUGGCAAGAACCAGGAUGAAUGUAUGGUCGCGCUCCACGACUGCAACGAGGACGUGAGCAGAGCCAUUAACUUCCUCCUGGAGAGCACCUCGGACAUGACCUCAUGGGAGACUGUAGGUAAGAAGAAGCCGCUGACAAAGGAGGGUGCCUCAGAAAGCAAGGAGAACAAGGAGAACCGGGAGAAGAAAGGCGAGAGAGAGGCCAGCAAAGGCCGUGCGGGUUCCAACCGCAAGGGCAAAGGGGCCAAUCGAAGCCGGCAGGGCGCAGUUCGUUCAGAGGAAAAUGGAGUAGAGGUGACCCCAGUGGACCGAAAUUCCGAUCGCGGGCGGAGGACGAAAGGUGGCAGGGUAUCUGCUGGUCGAGGCCGAGGAAGAGCACCAACAGCGAGCAGAUUUUCAGCCCAGGGAAUGGGGACCUUCAACCCUGCAGACUAUACCUCAGAGGCAAGGACGGCGACCACACAGAGUGAGGCUUGGGACACAGCGGCUAACAACAAUUCAGAUGAAACGGCUAACUGGAAGAACCCCAUUGAAGACUAUGGAUCUGAGGACUGGAGUGAGGAUGUUAGUCUCUCAGAAACCAAAGUGUUCACUUCUUCAUGUGCGCCUCCUGCUGAAAACCACAUCACUCCUGGACAAAGUCUGGACCUCGCCUCCCUGCUGCAGAAGCCUGUGGUCGGAGGCAGAGAAGCACCUGCCUCCUCCUCCUCGCAGAGUCUGGUCUUUACUAACUCUCACCACCACCAGCCGCCCCCUCCCAGCCGCAACACCACCAGCGGCACCAGCUAUGCUCACGCUGCUUUGUCGUCAGUCCUGGGAGCGGGAUUCGGAGACCUGGGCCAAGCCAAGAGGUCCGUGCCAAGUGCUGGAGCUCAGAUACUGGAACAGCUGAAGGGCCCUGGCUUGGGUCCUCUGCCAUCAUCCCAGGUUGCCCCUCUCGCCAGCACCCAGGGAGGAAACCAUUCAAGUGGUCGUCUGCCAUCCCUGGGAGCACCUGUUCCUCCGCCCUCCUCCUCCAGCUGGGACAUGAAGGUGCACGAACCUAACACCACCUCACUGUCCUCACAGUUCAGCCGUGAGUUUGGCCUCCAGCCAGAACCUUCACUUGUGCUGAGCCAGCUCAUUCAGAGGCACACGGGCCCCUCACUGCCUCUGGCGCGUCAGCCCAGCCCCCAAUCGCAACAACAAGCGCCCCCUGCAUCCGUCUCCCCUGCUUCUCAGCACAGCGGCACAUCGACACAAGCGGGCCCGGGGACGGCGGCUGCUGGUGCCAAACAUUCAGCCCCGGGUGCAGGGCUGGAAGCUCAGGGCUGCGGGACACCACAGCAGCAGCGAGCACAGCUAAAAGGCCAGAAACGAAGGAUACCUCCAACUUCCAAGAUCCCCGCCACAGCCGUCGAGAUGCCCGGCUCCACUGACCUCCCCGGUCUUAACCUUCAGUUUGGAGCGCUGGACUUUGGCUCUGAAUCUGCUCUGCCUGAGUUCGGAGUUGUGGACGGCUCUGUCAGCGCACCAUCCAGGGAUUCCUCUUCGGCACCUGGCCCGGUGCCACCUGCAUCAGGACCAGGGACGCAGAGCCAGACCAGCAUGUAUUCCAAACCGCUCAGUGAGUCGCUGGGGAGCCCUCUCUCGGUCGACCUCCCUCUUCCUCUCUCCUCGUCGGAACCGGCGUAUCACUCUUCCUCGGCGGCACUCCCCAGUCUCACGGCCUCUUCAUUAGGGACGGCCAGCUCGGCCACAUUAUCACUCACCACAUCCACCACCUCCUCAUGCUCUGUACCCUCGGCUUCCCCCUUCUCUGCAGUGGGAGGAAGCUUUGACGGGCCCAUGCCUCCCCACGCUCGACUCUCUUUCUCCCAGAGCAAAGAAACCACGGGGCCAGUAAUGAAUGGUCUGAAUGGAGUUAGGACCUCUACAGCUUUAGACAUUUCCUCAGCGUCGUCAACACCAAAGCCAGAAUCUCCGUCUCUCAACGUCAACACCAACGGCGCUCUGCCCCCCUCCUCCCACUUAGCCCCUCCUACUUUGCCUGCACAGACCUCCACCACGCUGUCCUGCCUGGUACAGGAUCUUCCCUCUGCCAGCCAUCUCAACUCCCUCAACAGCCAUGCCAGCAGUCUUUCCUCAUCCCUUGGCUCUAGUGCCCUCACCUACAGCAGCGUUGACAGCAACAACGUGGGCUCUCUCACGCCCUCCUCUGGCCCCUACACACCAUCGCACCCGGCGCCCUCAUCCCUCCACUCAGCCCACAUCAGCAGCAACAGUAGCAGCAACAGCAUCAGUCACCUGGUCAGCAUGUCCAACAUGGGCGGCAACAUGGUGGCCAACAUGGUGGGAGGUAUGGUCGGCACCGGCGGACUUCACUCUGCUGCCAACAGCUCAGCGCUGGGACUUGGCUCCAAUGGAGUUACUGGCAUAUCCAACCUUUCCGCACACAGGAACACUCCUCUGCUCUCCUCCUCCACUGGUAAAGCCCCUCCUAACCUGUCCCAAGGAGUUCCUCCUCUGAUGCCCAACCAGUAUAUCAUGGGUCCAGGAGGACUGUUGGCAGCGUAUCCACAGAUGUACGGCUAUGAGGACCUCCACAUGCUCCAGUCCAGACUGCCCAUGCCUUCUCUGCAGGAUUACUACGGCAUCACAUUCCCCGGCCCCACCGCCACUCUGUCCAGCAGAGACGGGGGCCUGGCCAACAACCCUUACUCAGGUGAAGUCACAAAGUUUGGUAGGAACGACUCCACCUCUCCAGCCCCACCUAGCAGCCUGGCAGCUCAGCAGCAGCCCCCCCAGGGCCAAAGUCAGGGCCAGAGCCAAGGCCAAGCUCCGCCUCCUCAGGCCCCGCCUCCGCCGCAGGGCCAACCUCAGCACCACAGCAGUCAGCAGGCCUUCCUGCCUCCCGGCUACAGCUACACGGGACUGCCUUACUACGCCGGGGUGCCAGGCGCCGUUCCCGGCGCGGCCGCCUUCCAGUACGGCCCCACCAUGUUUGUUCCCCCGGGGGGUCCGGGCUCGGCCAAGCAGCACGGCAUGGGUCUCGGCCUUGGCAACCCGUCGGCGAGCCCCUUCCAGCAGCAGACGCAACAGCAGCCCGGCGGUUACGGCCAGCACACCUUCAGCUCAGGGUACGAGGAGCUGAGUGCAGGAGUGGACUACAGUAAAGGCUACAACUCGUCGUCUCAGGCAGCCAACAACAACAACAACAACAAGUGUGCGGCAGGCGGCCAUGGAAAAGGUGUGUCGGUGACGUCCAGUAACUCUGGUGUGCCGGACAUCAGUGGAAGUGUUUACAAUAAGACCCAGUCUUUCGAUAAGCAGGGUUUCCACGCCGGGACCCCCCCCCCCUUCAGCCUGCCAUCCGCGCUGGGGGGGCCGGGGCCCCUGAACCCGGGAGCGGCCCCUGGAGGUUAUGCACCGGGCCCCUUCCUUCACAUCCUGCCUCACCAGCAAGCGCACUCUCAGCUGCUGCACCAUCACCUGGCUCAGGACGCACAGGGUGCCCCAAGUCAGCGUGGUCAGUCCAGCAGCCUGCAGCAGAAGAGCCAAGUCAAUAAGUCCAGCUAUGGCAGCUCCCCCUACUGGGCCAACUGAACUCGUGUGUGUGUGUGUGUGUGUGUGUGUGCGCGCGUGUGUGUGCGUGUGUGCGUGCGUGCGUGUGUGUGUGUUGGAGCAUGCGUGGACAUGCACCACUCAAGUGUCUGACUGACAAAAUAAUGGAGGGGCAAAGAAGCUAGAAAACCCACACUACCACCGCUCUGUAUAUCCCCCUUUUCAAAUUGAUGGCUGUUGUAUGUAAAAUAUAUUUAUGUAUUUAUACAGUAUAUAUGUAUUGGUAGAACAUGAAAUGUGGUUUUCUGCAUUUUAGUUUUUAUUUUUGAAGGGCAUUUUAUUUUGAAAAGCAGAUGUGGAAGGAUGAGAAUCAUGAAGAUGAAGUUGUUGAAUAUACUUGAACAAAAGCAUCGUGUGAUGUGGAUUCCUUUUUGUACGCACACACAAACUGAGAACCAUGGAGAUACAAUUCCAAGCAUCAUUUUCAUGGCCAAGGCCCGUUUUUAUUUUUUAGAAGAAAAAUGUUUUUGUAAUUUUGGUCGGCUGCAUCUGUGAAUCCUUCUUUGAAGCCUGACUUGAUAGCUUCACUUUCCCGCCACCGUCUGUCAACUAGUUGGCUGCUCGGCAGUCAGGCCUUGAUGUCAUUUAACAUCCUUCUUGUCCUGAUUAAAACUUCAAACACUUUGUCUUGAUA